AAAUUAAAAAAUAGAAACACUUAACUUUGAGUUCAUAAGAAAAAAAAUAUGGCUAAGAUGAUAUUUUUAUUUGUUGUUUGCUUAGUAUUAUUUGCUUCUAUUAAUGUUAGUGCCAAUUUUAUGGACACUUUUCUUGUUAUUGGCAAAGUUUAUUGUGACACUUGUCGUUGUGGCUUUGAGACUUCUGCCUCCAAGUAUCUUCCUGGAUCGAGGGUUAGAAUCGAGUGCAAGAAUAGGGACACUAACGAUUUGGCAUACACUGUUGAAGGUGUUACAAACUCUAAAGGAGAAUAUAAGAUCCUUGUGAAUAGUGAUCGCCGCGAUGAAUUUUGCGAUGUCGUCCUCAUUAGAAGCUCUGAUCCAAUGUGUGCGGAAUCCAACACGGGCCGUGAUCGCGCCCGUGUUGUCCUCACUAGCAACAAUGGCAUGGUAUCUAAUACUCGCUUCGCUAAUUCAAUAGGAUUCCUUUCUAAUGAGCCUCUUGCUAGUUGCACAAAAAUCCUCCAGCAAUAUGAAUUUUCAGAAGAUCAAUUUUAAAUUAUUAUUAUUAUUAUUAUUAUUAUUAUUAUUAUUAUUAUUAUUAUUAUUGUUGUUGUUGUUGUUUUUGUUGUUAUUUUUAUGCCUUUAGAGUAAUUGGACCAAUUACUGAUUUCGGCCUUUAGCUCAGUAAUUUCAUUUGGCAUUGGAAAUUUUGUAGGGUGUCCUAUUUUCUCAUUUAACAUUUAUGGUCUCAUCUAUUUUUAUUAAGAUUAAGAUAUUUGGAUGUUUA